AUGCUUUAUCGAAGAAAAUGUUUUGCAUUCAUGUCAUGGAUUUGCUUUAUGUCCCUGAAUUGUUUAGUCUAUGGGAAAUCAACAGAUGGAAAGAUUUUUCAUAAACAUAUCAAAAAGGUCGAAGACAGCUCUGCUCAUAAGAAAUACACUCUUGAAAAGUCAACGCACGCCCACAUAAAAUCAAAAGGAAAAUCAGACAGAGAAGGGCUCGACAAUGGCGUACGAAAAGACUUUUUGAGUUCUUUGCAGGAAUUUCCUGUUCCUGUUCAAAUCGAACAUCUUAAGGACCUCCCGGUUCCUGUUCCAGUAAAAAAGGAAGUAGGUGAAAAUGUUUUACAUGUGCACAUCCAUGAUCGUAAGUACUUCUUCUUUUUAUGUUUGUUUACUAUUUAUGUGAUACUUUUAAGAGCAGCUGAAACGUAGUUUCUACAUCUGGCCAUGUAACCAUUUCAGUGGCUGAAGUUUUUGGGUGAGAUUGUCAGAAGUUCAUUCCUUCGAUCAAACAUCAGGUUUAAAUGUUGAGAAAGAAAGGUAUUUAAAAUCAGUGGUAUAAUUGAAAAUUAGAAAAUUCAAUAUGCUGGACGAAGACAAACCUUUCAAAUGCUUAAAAGCUGAAGAGGGAUGAAGUGAUCUGCCAUUGAAAAUGAAGUGUGCUUCUUUAUUAUUGUUUAUUGUUAACCAUCUUGGCCAAAAACAUGAUAAAUGGAUAAAAACGUAAAACAGCACCAUACAAGUAACAGAUGUUCUUAAUCUAUUGUCAUUUUUUGGUUUGUUAACCAGUUUUUCAGUUCCUUAGCAAAAGAGAUAAUUUUUCAGUGUGAGAGAAGGAAAAAGCACUGAGCGAGUAAAACGAAUGUGUGUUUUAAUUAAGUAGAAGCGUAACUAUAUCAGUCCGUCAUGCUGUCUAGAUUUCACAGACUUUUCUGCUUGACAAGGUGAGUUAAGUUGAUUCAUCAUAAUGUUAUUUUAUAAUUUCUUUCCUUUUAAAGGAAAUCCUUGCAGAAAUGGAGGAGUUCUUUCACGGGAUUUAGAAGGUUCCAGUUAUCACUGUAUUUGUCCCGCUGAAUACGGAGGCACAACUUGCGAAAGUAUGUUAUGUUGUUUUUAUACUGGGUAUACGUGUAAAUGUCAUGAAAAAUAACUGCUGCUAAUCAGCCUCUGAUGAUGCAGUGAAAACUUUGUCAAUGUCAAAUAGAAAAAAAUUGUAGAGAACAAGGAAACCUAAAAACGAUAGAUUAGAUCCAUUUGAAAUUGUCAACAGUUUGAACUAAUGCAAUGAGACUAUUAAUAAUACUCGCACUUAUAAUUAAAAAAAAAAAUAAAGUGAGCCAUUAAGCUAUUACUAUCUUAUGUUCCGGGGUGUUGGGUUUUGUCCGGAAAAUCCUUGAUGUGUUCUCCCCACCAUUAUUCUUGCCCUGUGGCUUUAUUCAUUUGUCUUUAUGUAUAAUGGUUAUUCACAACGCGUCUUUGCUUUAAAUUAUCCCUUCAUUUAUACUCACGAAUUUACUUGUUUGUCAAUUAUUUUUCAGUACAACAUUACUGUUUUUCCAGACCUUGCAAAAACGGUGGUGCGUGUUUGGAGAUAAGUGGCGGUUACAAGUGCAAAUGUGCCCAAGGAUUCACUGGAGACAACUGUGAAGGUAAGAUACAAAUAAGAUAAUUAGUGAUUGGGUGAUUAAGGUAUGGUUAAGCGGGCAGUAAAAAAGGACAGAUUGUUUUGCAAGAUUGCCGGCUUCAAAACGAGUUUGAUAGCGUAUGUUGCGAUUUUUCUCACUGUCUCGUAACAAAUCAGGUUGUUGCAGGUUUCGAAAUGUUAUUGUAAAAGUAGGAAGUGGUGUACGUUUUGCAACGAAAUCUUACCAUGCUGCGCGUUUUAGUGGUCCAAGGCAACCUUGUUUUGCAGCAAGUGACGUAACCUUAGUGUAUGGCGUGACUCCCGCGCGAUUUUAACCAAUCAGAGGUCAGUAUUUAGGCAAAUUGCAACAGUCUGAUUUGUUUCUAGUUGCAAAUAAAUUUUCAGCUUUUUUUUUAGCAAUGAUGCAAAACAAGUCGCAAGCUCUUGUUACCAGUUUUGCCGUAGCGCAAAUUUCAUUUCUGCUAACAUCUCCUACAGGUCGAUUCGGAACUGUGCAACUUUGUUCGUCAUUUUAAAGAAGCACAAUUGUUAUGAGGUCAUGAGUGCCAGAGACUUUUCUAGCGCGGUUGUCGGUUUCUGUUUAGUCUUGAAUAGUGACCCGCGUGGAAAGCGGCCGAAGAUGUGUCGGCUUUCGGCCAACACCGAAAAUUCCCGCCGCUCGCGAGAAAAACCUGUGGUACCCAGGGUAGUUAUGGGGACAAUUAAGCCUCAAAGUCGGUUGACGUCAAAGGACUGUGGCAGGCCAUCACAAGCCACAUUUUGAUGUAAAUAAAUUUCGAAAUACAUAAAACAGUUAAGAUUUAGGGGCGACGGUUAUGGUACGGUUGAAAGUUUAAGUUGCACUUUACAUACGAGAUUUAUUAUUUAGCACUAAAAAAGCUGUAAUUUAUUUCAUUUUUAAGAGGAAUUAUUUUGUAUUCCAAAUCCAUGCGAUCACGAUGGAAAAUGUGUGGAGACAAUUCAGGGCUAUCGAUGUGUUUGUCAAGCUGGAUUCAAAGGAGAACAAUGUGCAGGUAAGAGCAAAGUCACCCAAAUUGUUUUUAAACAUUUUACUUAGGUAGAAUGUUGUGUGGAUUAUAUAGAGCGUUUUCACUCAUCUGGCCUGAUGAGCAUCUAUGUAAAUUUUUCUUACACUCUUUGUUUGACUUUUAGAUAUUGACCCAUGCUAUCCAAACCCUUGUCAACAAGGAGGCCAAUGUGAAGAUAUACAUGGACAUGCCGUCUGCCGAUGUCAUCCUGGGUAUCACGGACCUUAUUGUCAAGGUACUAGGGUCGCUCACAUUAGAGACCUUUAGAGAGAUUUAACUUAAAGUUUUUCCGCUUUUUCUCAAAAACACAAAAAGACACUCUCUGAAACCUUCAUUUUUUGCUUUUUUUUUCACCAAAAAAGUUAGUACGGUUAUUUAUACUGAAGGAGGUUAAGCUCUCUCUCGAUGGCAAAAUGAUAGAAGUCGUUACAUUUGACAACUUGUUCCACUAUGACAUUCUCGCUGAAACUCGUUGUAGAAUGAGACGGCUAUCGCGUUUUCCCGCCGAAUUAAUCAUGACGCUGGCUCGGCUCACGCGCGUGCAUUACUUAGUUUUGAGAAAAUCUCGUACCCGUAGUCGGUCGUCCUCUUCCUCGAAUCUAAAGCUCUCUAUUAACAUGGGCCAACUUUCAUUGCAGAUCAAAAAAUAUUCAUCCUUUGACUAGCUAAGGCUUCGUUUUUAUGAAUUCCCUGCUUGAAGGGUCACUCUUGAGUUCUACCCUAGCUAGCCUGAGCUUAUAAUCUUUCCUACCUUACAAAACUUGGCGAACCAUUUAAAUGACCAUGAGAAACACAAAGUUGGCUCAGCUAGAAACGUGACUCACCUAACCAGGUCAACCUGUUUCGAUGGAUAGGGUCACCCUUCUAGCCUGGCCAAAGCCUGGCCAACUUUUCUCUAUAUAAACACUUUGGCUGACGACCCACCGGGUUAACUCAGUCAAGGCGAGAUAAUCAUCCUCAGAGCUUGCUCGAGCGCUGUUGGUUCAGGCAAAGAGAUCAAAAUUACAUAAGCUUGCUACAACUUUCCUCCAUACAAAAGGGGCCUUAGUGAAAAAGACAGUAUCAUUUUCUUUCUUGACAAUGUUGGUGCCUACAUCUGUAAAAAAAGCAAAGGUACUUUGUGCAUGUUGCCUUAUAAAUGAAAUAUUCUUUCACCAUUAAAUAAGUCAUUGUUGUGUAGUUUUUUAAGAUUAUGUUUUGAAAAGAUACACAUUACAUUUGUGCUUCAGAGGAAACCUUACUAUUAUUUUGCACACACUAUACAGUAUUUAUCUUGGAGUCCGUUCCCUGAUGUACGUCGUUGCGAUUUAUUGUUUCGAUCUUUAUGAAAUAAAAAAAGGAAGACCUCAAAGGUUUAUUCAAUAUUAUACCUCAAAGUCGUAAGUCUGUCAAUGCUUUUUAUUUCAGACAAAUACGUCUGUUAUGUAAAUCCUUGUUAUAAUAGAGGAGUAUGUGUAGAGAACUCUUUAGCCCCUUGCCACUGUGCCAGAGGAUAUGUGGGGACAUUCUGCCAUGGUAAGAGUGCGGUUAAGGUAUUUUUACAUAAGUCAAUCUUAACUGUUCGGUAAAAUUAUGUAUUUAUGUUGCCUGCUUAUAACUGACUAAGUUAGUUAGCCAAGCGUUAAACUUCCUGUUAAGCAAAUUAGCGGUGAUGGAAUAUCGAGCAUUAUACAGGGAGUUGUUUUGUUAUUGUAUCUUUAUGAUCUUGGCCAUGAACGAUCAUAUGUCUAGAUCUGGUUGAUGAAUAAUGGAGCAAACACUUACUGCUUUCUGAUCAUUUUCCUUACGGACCUCUCUGUUGCAACUGUUACGACGACCAGACCUCAGUUGUUCAAUAGAUGGAUAAUGAUAAAUUUAUAUACAAAGCCUUACGAAAUUUGUUUCCCCAAUACUUAAUCGCUGAACAGUGAUUUACUGGGUGGAUAGCGCUAUCCUACAAUUGAGCUCUAUUCGCAAGGAUGCCAAAUUCUCAAGGGGCCAAACUCUUAACAAUUGCCUUCUUUCUGAUACUGACACCUCCGUAUUGCAGUCACUUAAUCUCUCCUUUGAUGUUUGAUGCUAUAAUUGGUUUUAAAUAGAAAGUGUGGAUCCUAAUUUUGAGGUAUCAAUAAGGCAUGUCCAUAGGUUAUUUUAAAUAGAGUCCAGGAUUCUACAUGAAAUACCUGCAUAAAAGCUAAUGACCCAGGAAAGUUCGUAAUAAAUAGGAAAAUAUAAGACCAAACAAAGACUUAACCACUGGAGUCGCCUAUUAGAUCUUUUUAAAAGUCUUUUUAUUCUUACAUUGUAGAUCAUGUAUGCAAACCCAAUCCGUGUCUCCACGGUGGUUAUUGUAGUGUAGUCAAUCAUCCAUUGGGUUCCCAUAACAACAGAUGGACAUUUCACUGCAAAUGUCCUGAAUACUAUAGAGGACGCAUUUGUCAAUGUAAGUAAACUUUCAUCAAAACCCGAAACGUUGUUACCCAAAACACCAUUGCACGAAUUUGUUGGAAGAGGCAUAUAUAUAUAAAAGCAUUGAAGCUUAAAAAGAUAAGGGACCUACCUGAGCUAGAUGUAUGCCAAAGGAAAGGCAUAUCUAUUUGAUCACCAUCAUGGCUUCUCACUUAAUAAUGGGGUGAUCGCAGUGACUCACACGUCUUUUUGGCUCCGCUUCGGGAAACAUUGAGAUUCCAGGGGAAACAAAAUGUACUGUUUCGUUCGGGAUCAGUCAUGAAGUGUUUUUUAAUUUCACCGGCCAGCUAGAUUCAAAAGUUAGUUUUGGUCACCAGUUCGUUAACAGUUAGUUUCAUUUGGUUUCAUACUAGGAGUAUUUUAAGCCUUAAAGAAAGCUUCGGACGACUAAAGGCUACCACAAAUCUUUAUUUUGCCCAGUAUUCGGGUGCGUCAAUUAUCAACGGCUCUCCCCUUGAACUGAAACUGCUAACCUUAUUUUCUCGAUCACUAAGGUUUUGGGUAAAUAUUCUUCCACAUCUAAUGUAAAGCAUAUUUGAUAGUGCUACAGAAAUAAGUCACCUGCUUGCCAGAUUUUUUUUAAAAUCUGCCUAACUGUGACACGGUUUAUAAAGUAAAGAAACAGUAUCUUAUUUCAAAAACGCCAAAAUUCCUUUCAUUUCCUUUUGCACCACUUAGGCCUUUUAAACAGGUCCUUGUGGACUCCGAGAAAAACACUUCUAUCAACUAACGAUCGUAUGUCUCGAUUUAAAUCAUCAGUACCCCAUCCUUGUAUCGAUCACCCAUGCCUCAAUGGAGGUACCUGCGAGGACGCGUUUUAUGACUGGCACGAGGGUCGAGAUCAACACAUUUAUAAUGACAUGGCCUUGUCUUCCGUAAGUCUGGAAUAUUACUGCAUCUGCCCACCGGGAUUCAAAGGGUCGCGGUGUGAGAGUAAGUGAGACCGAUAACUGGUAAAAAAGUUUUAUUUGAAAAAGUGGUUACAUUUAAGCAUCAGAUAUAAAAGAAUACGGCAAACUUCUGCGUGAGAAUUACCCCUCGAGUUUUAGAGGAGGAAAUUUCACGCAGGGGUGAGAGCACUCGCCUCCCACCCGUGUGUGUCGGGUUCAAACCCUGGCAUCGACGCCACAAUAAAGUGGGUUGCGUUUGUUGUUAAUUCUCUCCCCUGCCCUGAGAGGUCUUUCUCCCGAUUCUCCGGUUUUUCCAACAUUUCCAAAUUCCAAUUCGAUCUGGAGAGUACGGAUACGUUUAAAAGAGUCCGCGAGAACUCCUAACCAAAUAAUAACCAAACAAUGGUUGUUUAUUUUCAGCUGAUAUUUGUUCUUUGUGCCAUCCUGAAGCCCUCUGCAUUGAUAAUCAUUGUGUUUGUAAGCCUCAUUUCAUCGGAGAUGGGUAUCACUGUAAAAGUAAGUACAACAUUACUAUUUCCCAAACUUUCUAUCAAUCAGUCCUCGAGCUUGCUGUUUUAAUCCUGAACCAAGGCUCUGUUAUCAGUAUAGUAGGGACAAAAUUCACCUGCUUUCACGGAAAAGAAUCUCAUCGUCAAGGGCACGUCAUUGACGCUGAUGCAAUCUUAAAUUUGGAAAAGAAUACAGGGAGGUCACAUAACUUCUCAGUUUUAGGAUUAAAAUGCCCUCAACUCAUACCUAACCGACAAUUGCCCAACCUUCUUCACCAUCUUUAUAUAAAACUACCUUUGACAAAGUAUAUAAAAAUUGUAGCUGUCUGUACUGCUUGUCCAACCGUAAUGGCUAAGAAUUUGCAUUUUUUUAUUUUUAAUUUGUUUUUUAAUCGAUUUCAAUCGCUUUUUGCCUUUGAAAUGUGAAAAUCCCUCUGCUAAUGAUUGGCAUAUUAUACAAUGACCUAUUGAAUUAUAUCUUUCAAAUCGCGUUAUGUUGAUUUGGAAAAAAAAAGGAAUAGAUUUUGUUCAGUGUUUAAAGAGGUAUGGCAGUGACUACUACCUUUCAGUUUGCGUCCGUAUAUAGUGUGGACCUCUGAUAAGGGAUAUGCCGCGAUAAUUGACUUAAUGCCAUCAACUGACGUGAUACAACUCGCUUUGACUCUGAAGAUGACUACCGCACAGGUUGUCGAAACGUCAGUCACUGUCAACAACAACAGUCCUAUUCAGGACUACGUUCACCCGGACGAUCAAACUCAACCUACUUUUGAAAUGACUCCUGGGUUCAAACCUUUCACAGUAAUACUCUUAUUGUUAUACAGAUGUAUCCAGCCAUUGCCAUCCAAACCCCUGUUACCACGGUAAUUGUGUUGAAGGUCCUGAUGGAACCUAUGAUUGUGAAUGCCAUCCGGGGUAUUGCGGACCUCAAUGUAAAGGUAUAACUGCUUUAGGGACAAUAACACAAACGCCUUUUUUGUUACUUUUGUUACUAAAUCUUUGUUACUUUUAUUAGACAGAGGGGUUUACUGGUAUGGAUAUUCCUUACUUCUUUUUGUUUCCAAAUUUGACUGCAUUCCAUUCUGGCAUGCGCAGUGAGUCAUAAUUUAUAUUCAUGACGCAAUCCACAGAUAUCUGCAGACCCUGCUUGAUCUGGCCAUGUUCCAAUGGGGGACGCUGUAUUCCAGUUGGAGAGAAACGUAGAUGUAUAUGUGACCCGCCAUACGAACCACCAGAUUGCAACGGUAAUUAAACAAAUUGCUUUUGACUCUGUUACAUUAUCAGCAUCAGUAGCUUAGUUUUCAUUUCCUCGCGAACUGAAUUCAAAAUUUCUUUCUAAGAAAUUCUGUAAGUAUACCUCCAUGUAAUCGCGUGGAAUACGUUAGUGAUAAAGCGACUUGAGUUUAACACAGUAUGGUUUCCUUGUACCAUAAUUAGAUACCAUCCAUUUUUGACUGUAUUUAAUCCAUCAGCACCACAUUGUUCAUUGUACAGUGAUCGACAACAACAAAAGUAAUCAUAAACACAACUCGUGUAUGGCCGAGUGAGAUUCCUGUUUUAUUGCUUUUGAGUCGAUUAUUAUUUUUCUUGUCAUGUAUUUUCCUUUGUUUUUUUGUUUGUAGCAUAUAUAAUGUACUCAGCCUUAUAAGUACCGGACUAAAAAGGGUUGUUAACGCGUUGCCUGAAUACUCACUAGGCUAUGGAUUACUAGGGACUAUGGAAGGAUUUGCAUGUAUAGGUAAUAAUACCUGCUUGGUAUUGUAUUGUUUCAGUUACCAGACCCGAUCUGUGCAAUCCGAACCCUUGUAAAAAUGGCGGGAAGUGCAAAAUGCUUCUGGAGAAAAAUGAUUAUAUUUGUGAAGACUGUCUUGGAAUGUUUACAGGAAAGGACUGCUCUGGUUAGUAGUCUUUUUGUAUAUUUAUUAUUUGUUUGUCUGUUUACUUGAAGUUGAGAUUUUUCACAAGCUAGUUUUCCAAAGAAAGUAGACGAGUUUAAAGUAAAGAAAUAUAGUCAGAAAACUGAACUGGUGACUUCGUCUCGCGCUUGCAUAACUGCGGAAUUCUCCUAACACCCUCUCGUGUUUAUAUCAGGCUAUGCAAACACAAAUAACAUUUUCUAUUGCUAAAAUGUUAUCUCUUUCCUCCAGAAUGUGGUUGUCCUAAAGCAAAGCCAGUGGCGGAUGCACGAGUCGUAGACUUUAUUUGCGAUCCAGUUGACGGGGGAUGCAAGUGCCCAGAAAUAGAGAACGGAAGAUAUACACGUACAGAGGACGGUUGCGUGCUAGGUGGUAAGUGUUACCCAAAAGGAAAGUUAUUGUCAUGAACAAUUUUUGGAUAAAAAUGUAUGACAGCCGCCCCCUCAUCCCCUAGAUUAUUGGUGACUGCCAUCCAGGAGGUAGUCUCGUUCUUCAAGGAAAUAAGGUUUAAUUUCCGAUCAAAAUGAAGAUUACUAAGGUCAAUAAGGACGACUGCCUGCCAGGUGAUGAUAAUGACCCUGUUUAUACACAUCCAAGAGAAACCAAUGAAAAUAGUUUCUACACGCAAAUGAAGUUGUGUCAGUAGGGAACUUAAGAACUACGACGAAGUUCACGACGACGACGUCUGUUGACUGAGAAAGGACUGGAACGAGAACGUCAGUUUCGGCGGGAAAAAGGAAACUUAAGAUGCAGUCGAUCGGGUAGGUCGACGACGACGACACUGAAUGUAAACAAACAUGUAGAAGUAGUACAACUGUGAUGUUCGUUCGCAACAAAGUUUUUUCGCAAAGGCGUCUUUUAAGACGAUGCAAGAUCUUAUUUUAUAAGCCGUACGUCUACUUUCAUUGACGAUGAAGAAUUUUUAGUGUCGUCUGACCUUUUCGAAUGGAAAAAUCUCUGCUUUCCGUACGAAGGUUAUUCAACUUUCAACCUGAAUGACAUGACCGAGUCCGAGUGUCUGUCAGAGUUUAGAUUUGGAAAAAGAGACAUUCCGAUGCGAUAGCUGUUUUCCAUAUAAAGUUAAUUUCCUCUAUUUUAAAGCCAUAUGAUUUUAAAUAGGUGCAAAUAAAUUUAUCACUUACGAGUUCGCUCGCUCGGCCUGCACAGCUCAGUGUUGUCUUCGAAGUAAACACAAUUCAUCAGUCAAAUUUUCAAUCAACAUCGCUUGUUAGCAGAAAAAAGAAAGGAUACCUGGAUUUACGAGGUGAAAAAAAUACAAAGCCCUUGAAAAAUCGCUUAAAAACAGGGAGUUAUACCUGCCGAAGCUUGUGGACUGCAGGACGACGUGACUCUACUGUGUUUGGCGUCGUCGACGACACCACGACGACGAAAUUUGUUAACCGCGCUUGCGCAGUGCACAGUAUCUCACUUCCGGUCGUCGUCGACAAAGUCGUCGUCGUGGUUCUUAAGUUCCCUAGUAUAAGCUAACAAACGGCAUAAGAAAUGCUCGAGCCAAAGAGUUCUCACCAUCCAUGUUUAAACUACUGAGUGAAAGAAUUACUACUAGCCUGCUUAGCAGGCGUCGAAAAGGGAAGAGGACAGGCUAGGGAGGAAGGAAAAGAAGGGGGAAAAGGAGCACGCAGGUUAAAUUACGACCUAUACCUUUAUUAGACAGGUUUACUUAAAAGUAUGUUCUUUUUUUGUUUCUUAUAUAGUCGCUAAUCCUUGUAGUCCAAAUCCAUGUAAAAGAGGCACAUGUACAGUGCAACCUACUACUCCACCUACAUUCACUUGCGAAAAUUGUCCGCCUCCUUACUAUGGCCGGCUAUGUGAUUGUAAGUAUAGUUGUAUAGCUAUAGUCUAUUUAACAAAUCAACAAUUUUGCAUGGUCUGUAGUUUUGAACAUUUAGACGUCUUCUCUAAUCCAAAUUUUACAAUAACAGUGACAAAUUUUACGUCCAUUUCUGUUGAUAUUUCACGGAAAAUCGUGCGCGCACACGAGAAACAGAAAAAAAGAAAUCGCACCACCAUCAGGUCACUUCCAUGGUUCGCAUUCUUAUAUCGAACCUAGCUCUCGACCAAUCAUCGCCCGAGAAAUCGCUUAGUUUAUUGUUAAAUUCCUCGUAGAUUGCAAAAUAAUGUCUUUUAUUCAUUUACUCUAAAACACUAGGUACCACGUGUACUUGCGACAACCCUUGCAAAAAUGGUGCCACUUGUCUGGACACAGGAACCAGACAAUACAAGUGUGUCUGCCCUCCCGGUUACACUGGAGCUACCUGCUCAUGUAAGUAUGAUAAUACCAAGUAAAGGCACUUAAACAAAUCCAGGACUGUCGUCCUAGAUGGUUAAGUUCAAGCCAGAAGAUUAAGACAAAUUUUAAGCAAGGUUGUCUUGUUUAGGAUCAUGUCACUCGAACUCACAAAAUAUUUUUGUGUCUUUACUUCGAGAUUUAGUGAUGAUAACAUAGAAUUUUCGUCUCUGAGCAAUGACUGAAAGGUAAAUACAAAAUGGGAAAAAAUCAUGGAUUAGCAAUUAUGGGCCUUUCAGGAACCGGGGACAGGUUCCAAUUAACUUUAUGAGCUGCCCGAUUCCUUUAAUCUUUUAUUCAACUUUUUCAUUUCCUUCAACUUUAUUUAUUAAAAAUGAUUUUGGCCCGCAAAUAGCAAUUUUUAAUUUAGGCAGCUAGAGCACUGACAGGGAGUGAUAUUUUAAACUUUAAUUCAGUAUUGGGUGUGAUUAAAGUUAUAAAAAGAAAGGAUAUGCAUAAUUUGCAGUGCCUGUGACGAAACCCGACAAACAUUGCCUUUAUGCCAAAUGUGAACAUGGAGCCACAUGUGUGGAGCGACCUCACGGAUACGACUGCAUCUGCCCUCCUCAGUACACUGGACCUCAUUGUGGAAGUAAGUUCCCCUAUAUUUUUGAGACAAUUCCUGUAAAUAAUAAUUAUUUCUGUACUUAACAAGUAUCAUUUUCUUGUCACCAAUGGAAGCCUCUUAACAUUAAAUAGUUGGCUGGAAAGGAAACUAUAGUAAGAAUUUUUGCCAGGAAGAGGGCCAAUUAUAAUAAACUCGAUAAAACCAAGAGUAACAACAACAGCAGCAUUUGGAAUUGGUAAAUCGUAAGCAGACGUACAUUUGUCUAAAUCUUACAACAAACUAUAUGAGGCAUUUCUUAAAUCCCUAUAUAACAAGACAUUUUAUUAAAAUCAGUGUUGAGGAAACUACAGUGAAAGUUACUCCUUUAAAUUUUUUUUACCGAAAACAGAUUGUCUUCUUUUUCUAAGGAAAGGCUGCAUUACUUCCUGUUUUAUUUCAUUCGCAGUUGAUAAAUGUGCUAAUUGUGACAUAAAUGCCGACUGUAUUUAUGGACGAUGUCGCUGCAGAAAAGGGUAUAUUGGUACUGGAUAUGUUUGUGAAAAGAGUAAGUAA